ACAGAUGGAAACAUUCUUAAAAUGAAACAGCAUUUACAUCAGAAACUCAAACCUUGCUUCAAAAUUUCCUGUAACUAAUAUAGUUGUAUCAAAAAUUCUAAACACCUGCUUAUAUCAUUCAAUCCACGAGGUUUAAAGCAAUAUAAAAUUUAAUAAUUAAUGACCACGUGUGCCGAAUUCAAAGCUCUUCAAAGGCUGUUUUUAAUAUGUUGAUGUAUGCCAAUUCAUGCAAGUCAGGUAAAAUUUUGACAUUUCAUGGUUGAUUUGGUUUUUAAAACAUGAAAAAAACAAAAAGUGGACUUUUCAAAACUUUCUACUAUAUGACAACUAUUUUCGCCUUACUGGCCCUUACAUGACGUACUUCCACUUACACGUAAUGAUAUUUUUUAGAUAAAAGUUCUUUUAACGUAAUUUGUGUUUUGAAGUUACUCGCUCAAUAGAUAGACAAUUGACACAUGGCUACAAUAACUGAAGAAAGCUUAAUGAUUACAAAAGAAGAGCCCAAAAUAUAUCAAACAUCAACCUCCAUAGAAAGCAGUGAAAGAGAAAUGAGGGUUUUGAUGAGCGAACACUGGAAAAAACAUUGACAUCCACGAUAAUGUUUAAGGAAACAGUAGGAAAACAAGAAGAGUUGCUGAAUGAAGGAUUUUCAGAUGAAGUAUCUGACAAUGUCUUUAACGCAACUGAAUGUCUCAAGUUUGCAGGAAAAUUUUAUAAGAUUGUAGAAGAAUUGCGCGUUGCAAGAAUAAACGAAAAAGAGACCGAAUUGAGAAUACAAAGCUUAAUGAAAGAUAAAAAUGAUUCAGAACGAAUGAAGGAUGAAGAAAUUUGUGCAAAACAAGAACUUAUAAAGCAGCAUUUAUCUGAUAGAGAGAACAUGAAAAAAAAAUAUGACGAUAAGCUGGAGUGUUUUGAAAAAGACAAGGCUAAAUACAUGGUAGAAAGACAGUGUGUGGAACAAGAGACCAGAGCAUUAAAAGAUGAAAUAAGAUUCUUACACAUCAACAAAUACAACAUGGAGAAAAUAAUCAAAGACAAGGAACGAGAUAUACAGAAACAUAAAAUUUCGGAUGAAAAUUAUCUGAGUCAAUUAUCUAAAGUGGAAGAGCAAUGUAAAGAUGUGAUGAAACAAUGUUCAGAAGUUGUGUGUACUUUGGCAAUCGUUGAAACAAACAUGGAUGAAGCAAAAAAACAACAUAAAAAUUUGAAGUUCAUCAACGAUCACCAGAACUGCUUAUUGUUGUCAUAUAAAUCAAUGCUUGAAAAUGCGAAAAAAGAUUUGAUCCUCUCUCAAGCGAUGGCAACGUCCUCGAAGAGUAUAAUAUUAGACGAUACCACAAAAGAGAAAAUUGUUUGGAUGGAGCGCCAGUUGGCAGGGCUCAAAGAUAUUUGCAAACAGACAAAUGAAGAACUCAAUGUUUCCAGAGAAGAAAAUCAAAAAUUAUUGAAGAGUUUGGAGAAAGCACAUAUAUUAGUGUCAAAACACGUAGAAACAAUCAAAAUCUUGUCCGAUAAUGACAGGGCAAUGCAGCAAGAGAUAAAUGAUAUUAGAACGGAUUGUGAGAGGUAUCGUGAAGACUUGGAAAGCACGAAAAUGAUCGUGGUGAAAAAAGAUGCAAUACUUAAGGAACUGAAGAAUAAUGCUGAAGAAAAGGAGAAAGCUUUAUUGGUGAAGACAGGCGAAUUGAUAGAAAAUAACAAGAGUUUAUUGAGAGAAAAAGAAGAACAGAAUUCAAUGUGGUUGCUUAAGAUUGAUGAAAAAACAACUGAAAUUGGUUACCUGAAAAAUGAAGUACAUGGAAUUCAAACUAUAUUAGACGAAACAAGAGUCAUGUUACAAAUGAAAACUGAAGAAAUAGAAACACUCAAAAACAAUCUUAAUACUAAGGUAAAACUCUGA